AUUUCUUCAGGCAGAUUUUUAUGCUGGCAAAUAUUUGCUCCUUUAGUCAGGUUGAAGAAACCAGGCUCUUUUUUUAGAUGUUUCCACGUGUUGCAGACACACCUGCUGGUCAUCAUUAUCCUCUUGGCAGGUCAAGCUUCCUGUAAUCAGACCUCUACAACUCCUUCCCCUUUAACUGGAUCUACUACAGCCGCACAGAUCUCAGUAUCCUACAUUGUUGACAUUUCGGUGAAUGUCACUGGACAGAGCCAGAAUGAAUCUGAGAUCAUUGCAUGGCUCAACCAGGUUUUCAGUACCAACCUAGAGAACUGCGUGUCUCCAAACCCUGCACAAACAACUGUCGCGCCGACCUCGCCACAAACUACACCUGCAAGUACUUUCAAUGAAACAACACAAGUGACAGUAUUGCAGAGCAACAGUACAGAUGCAACAUCAACAACCUUAGAAGGCAACAACACAACUGCAGCUGCAACAUCAGAAGGCAACAACACAACUAGAGCUGCAACAGCAUCAAAGGGCUACAACGCAACCACAGCAGCAACAACAUUAAAUGGCAACAACACAACUACAGUGGCGACAACAUCAGAAGGAAACAUCACAACUGCAGCAGCAACAUUAGAUGGCAACAACACAACUACAGCUGCAACAUCAGAAGGCAACAACACAACUGCAGCUGCAACCACAACAGAAGGCAACAAAACAACUAGAGCAGCAACAACAUCAGAAGGCAACAAUACAACUGCAGCUGCAACCACAACAAAAGGCAACAAAACAACUAGAGCAGCAACAACAUUGGAAGGCAACAACACAACUGCAGCUGCAACCACAACAGAAGGCAACAAAACAACUACAGAAGCAACAACAUCAGAAGGCAACAAAACAACUAUAGCAGCAACGGCGUCAGAAGGCAACAACACAACUACAGCUGCAAUAACAUCAGAAGGCAACAACAACUUAACUACUGUUGCAACAACCACAACAUCACAAGCCAAUAACAACACAACUAGAGUUUCAACAGCCAUAAUGAUACAAACCAACAAGAAAACUAUACCUGGAACAACAUCAAAAAGCAGUAAUCCAAGUACAAUUACAACAGAUUACAUCACAACAGUGGUUACAACUCAGAACGACACAUUGACAACCAGCAUGGCCAGGGUCAAAAGAAGUAUUCAACACAGUUCAAAUUCAGAUCUCCCAACUCUGAAUCGCUCAGUUCGGGAAGUUGGUAGCAAUGAAACACAAAGCAGUUUGACCACUAAUGGCACAGAUACAAUGAGUCUAUUUCAAGGAAUGAACGUAUCAUGUGCAAUAAAGACUGCAAUAAGAAACACCACAUGUUCGGUGACGCUGAAGCUGAGUCAGACGGUGCCUUCAUGUUGCAUCCUCCGGACUCUCUGUGCAGCCAGUAACACUUCCUCAGAUUUUUACGUGGUGGGGAAAAGGGCAGAUAGAGUGGGUCAAUUUCAAAAUGAGUGCAAUAGCAGCUCCGCAGAGGAAAGCAGCUGUGUUUAUUCUGGUCAAGACAACACAGCUUGUAAAGAGUCUGCAGCUGCAUAUGUGGUUCCACAAAAUAAUUCAGUCAACUGCACUGCAAACAACAUCAAUAAAACCAACUGCAGCUGCUCUAAUUACUGCAAUGGAUCUGCUGCAUACUACACUUUUAACAUUUCAAUACAAAAGUCCAAUAUGAACCAUUCAAAUAUCUCCAGCUUGAUUUCUAAGCUGCAACAACCACCAGCUUGCAACGAAACUGCAAACAGUCCAUGUCCAUUAUCUGCUGUUGCAUCUCAAUACAAGGAUGCAUAUGUGGGAUGCCAAAACCAAUCACCAAACCUUCAAAGUUGUAGAGUGAUUUUGGCCUUUGGCAGUGACGUCUCUGUCUGCAACGUGGCAGACGCUGUGAUGUAUGUGAUUCAGUCUGAGAAGCAAAUCAUUUACAACAGGCAGGUGACCCGAGCAGCAAUUUGUGGAAAUUUAGUCAGCGGCAAUCCACUGCAAUCUGAGUUCACAUGGAGUAACACUGACCUAACGCCUGCAAACUUUUGUGCUGCAGCAGAGUCUAACAGCCUCACUUGUCAAAAUGGACAGAAUGUGGUUGUGCAGCUGCAGGAGCAAUGUAAUGGUCUGUCUACCACCACAACCAGCCCAAAUGUGACAAGCAUGCAACCAAACAUCACCACCGCUGCUAUAAAUGUAACUUCAACACCGCUGAACACAACCACAGCACAACUGAACACAACAGAAGCCGUGAAUGUCACCACCACCACCAGCGCUGCUAAUGUCUCAGUGACAGCAGUAGUCAACAUGACUACGAGCAACCCAACUACCACUGCAGCGAGCAACACAACUACCAAUACAGCAAGCAACACAACUCCAAGUAACACUACCACAAUCAACCUUACUACAAAAAGCCCAACCACCACAAAUCAGUCUACUUUUGUAACGACAACUCCAGCAACAACCGAAGCAGCUGAAGGUCAAGCCAAAGCACUGCUCGAGCUGACGCAAGAUGUGUCCAAACUGAACUCCAGCCAGGUGAAUCAGCUGGUGUCUCAGCUGGAGGCUCUUUUGUCAGGCCCAACUGUCAGCCUGGCACUGGGAAACACAUCUGUUAACAUUGUCAGCAAUCUCCUGGGUGCUUCUCCAGAUGUGUUGUCAAGCUCCUCCACAAGGAUAAUAGGGAUCGUUGAUACAGUGGGCUUCAAGCUUAGUCUUGGAUCCACAGCGCAGACCAUUUUGUCCCCAGCUGUUGCUGUGUCUGUCAAACCAGCAGAUGGCGCCAACUUUCAGCAAACUGUUUUUUCCAUCUCAAACCCCACCGACGUACAGGUCCGUGAGGCUCCCAGGCAGAGAAGGAGUGUGACUACAAACUCCAUCCCUCAGGGCUCCAUCAAGCUGCCUCCCUCUCUCACUCAGAAUCUCACCUCUGCGCAGCAGCAGCUGGUCUCCAGAGUUCAGUUCAAUUUCUACCAGAAGAGCACCGUAUUCCAGGAUAAAUCUUUGGGAGUGCGCAGGCUGAAUAGUGGGAUCCUGGGAGCAAGUGUGGCAAACCUGUCAAUCAAAGGACUGAAAGACAAUGUUACAAUCACCCUGCAAAACAAACAGCCUAUUCCAGCUAAUUUUGUGGCAACGUGUGUUUUCUGGGACUUUGCAUUAAACAAUGGAUCGGGAGGUUGGAGUUCAAAUGGCUGUUCUGUCCAAAAUAUCACAGACAAUGAGACAACAUGUGGCUGCAACCAUUUAACCAGUUUUGCCAUCCUGCUGGACCUCUCCAGGACGCCUAUAACCAGUCGUACCCAGAGCAUCAUCCUUACGUAUAUCACAUAUAUCGGCUGUGGAGUCUCUGCCAUCUUCCUGUCGAUCACCCUCCUCACCUAUUUGGCCUUUGGCAAGCUGCGUAAAGACAUCCCAUCCAAAAUCCUGAUCCAGCUGUGCCUGGCUCUGCUGAUGCUGAAUCUGGUCUUUCUGGUGGACGCAUGGCUGGCGCUCUAUCCAGACGCCGAGGGCCUUUGCAUUUCCACUGCCUGGUUCCUUCACUACUUCCUGAUAGCUGCCUUCACCUGGAUGGGACUUGAGGCCGUCCACAUGUAUGUGGCCCUGGUGAAAGUCUUCAACCUCAAUGUGUCGCACUACAUGCUGAAGUUCUCGCUGGCUGGCUGGGGUAUCCCAAUGAUCGUGGUCAUUAUUGUCAUUUCAAUUGACAAAAAUAACUACGGUCUUGUUCAAUACGGAAAGUUCAAUGAUGGCACUACUGAUGAUUUCUGCUGGCUGAAAAAUGACAUCGCCUUCUACGUGGCAGUGGUGGCCUAUUUCUGUGUCAUUUUUCUGUUUAACUGCAUCAUGUUUGUAGUAGUUAUGGUCCAGCUGUGUCGACUAAAAAGACAAAACCCUCACCACGUUCAGUACCGCAGCACACUGCAGGAUGUGCGCAGUGUGCUGGGGAUAACUGUCCUCCUAGGCCUCACAUGGGGAUUUGCCUUUUUUGCCUGGGGGCCUGUGAACCUGGCAUUCAUGUACCUCUUUGCCAUCUUCAACUCCCUGCAAGGUUUCUUUAUAUUUGUGUUCCACUGCGCGGCGAAGGAAAGCGUGAGGAAGCAGUGGAGAAUCUAUCUGUGCUGUGGCAAAAUGAGACUAUCAGAGAACUCAGAAUGGAGUCGUACUGCAACACAGAAGACUGGAAAGAAGUCAUCAGCGUCCAACCACGUAUCUCUUUAUUCCCAUAAUUCUUCCAACUCCUCCUCUAUCCUCGUCCGUGACUUUUCGGAACAGACUGAGGGGAUUGGUAACUCAUUUGCAGACAGAGUCAUAACAGCAGAUGAAGAUCCAAAUAUGGACGUGGUCCUCAACGAGCUCAACAGGCGGCACAGAAAUCCACAAACGUCCUGACACUGAAAGGAGCGAGCUGUCUCUUUGUGAUUCUUCAAAUAUUUUUAAACAUGUUCUUAAUAUUUAUACAGUAUAAUAUAAAUUAUCAGACUAAUGUAUGUACUGUCCAUCUGCAAGUCAUAAGUAUUAUUAAAGUAAUUUGGACUUGCUAACAUAAACUAAUAAAUCUUUCACACAAG